AACCUUUUCUAAACUCAAGUUUUGGACAGGACCGACCUCCCGAGGCACCGCACCGCUUGGCAUACAACAACAGAGGAGCACAGCAGAACAGAGGAGCAGGCCGCCCGCAGCACCGAUCCAUCCAUCCAUCCAUCCAUCAGAGGGAAAAAACAAGGCAAGGAAAAGGCGCUUUCCGAGCAGAAAAAAAGGAUCUGGCCGCUUUACGCUUCUCCUCCGCGGGAUUUUGAUUCCCCCCACACCAUCAUCCACCAAUCAUCGUCGUCGCCAGGCGGGCGCCGCGCUAGCUAGGACCACGAGCCGGCGCGGGCUAUAGAAGUCAACGCCGGCGGCGGGCCGCGCGCCGGUGAUUCCGCGCGCAGAUCCGAAGACAGGGCAAGCGAACAGCGGCGGUGAUCGAUGGGGUCGUUCAAGGGCCACGUGCUGCCGGGGACGCUGUUCCUGGCGGUGGGCGCGUGGCACGUCUGGGCGGCGGUGGCGCGCUUCGCCAUGGACCCGGCCGGGUUCCGCCUCCGCGUGUGGAACCCCGUGGGCAGCGGCGGCGGGGCGCUGCGGCACCUGGAGCUCUACGUCAUCGCCGGGGGCGCCUUCCUGGACAUGUGCGUGGAGGUGCUCUACUCCACCCACCUCCACAUAUUCGCGCCCGGCGGCGGGGUCAACCCGGCGCACCUCAACGACCUCGAGCACGGCGGCAUGCUGCUCAUGUUCUUCCUCGUCGGCGCCCUCGCCCUCCUCUCCGAGAACACCAGGUACCUGCCCCUGACGGAGGGCGCGCUGAGCCUGCUGGCGGCGACGGCCUUCACGGCCGAGCUGCUGCUCUUCUACUUCCACUCGACCACGCACCAGGGGCUGGAGGGGUACUACCACUACCUCCUGGUGGUGCUCGUCGGGCUCUGUGUCGCCUCCAACGUCCUCGGCGCGCUCCUCCCGGCGAGCUUCCCCGCCGACCUGGCCAGCGGCCUGCUCAUCACCCUGCAGGGCCUCUGGUUCUACCAGACGGCCUUCACGCUCUACGGGCCGAUGCUCCCCGAGGGGUGCCACCGCGACGCCGCCGGGGACAUCGAGUGCCACGGGCACGCCGCCGGGGAGCGCGCGGAGCAGCUCGCCGACUUCCAGCUCUUCGCCUACGUCUUCCUCGUCUUCGCCUACGCCCUCGGCUGCUACGCCGUCGCCGCCGCCAGGUACGGCCACCCGGACCUGAGGGCCGUCGAGAUGGAGCACCGGGAAAAUGGCGCCAAUGACAGGGGUGGAAGAUUCGUUGGCAGCUCGGUGCUGUCUAGUGGCAUAUGAAUGACAUGAUAUGACUUCUGCUCUGUUUCUCGCCAUUGUCGUCUUGUUCGAUUUGGUAGAGUACACGCGACGGGCACAUCAUUGAGGGGCGGAACUGAACCUGAGGUCAGUGGGUACAAGAAUAGAGAGGGGCUGUACAUUGUGGUUAGUUAAUUACACAGCAAAAUCACAGAUCAACGUUCCCUUUAGUUUUACUGUGAAGAUAAAUGAACAUUUUUACAUGAGAGGAUUAGCAUAGGACUGUAAGAGAGUCCAUCACAGAGGGUUUUUUACUAGCAGAAGAAAGUUGGUGUUGUACACCAGGUGUGGAUUACCUGAGCAAUC